AUGGUGGAGAAUGACGAAAAUUUCAAAUGGAAAAGGUUGAAUGAUCUACAAGAGUAUUUGUUACGAGAAGAACAGCUAAAACAGAUAAAAAGACGGUGUCUAAAUGAUAGAGGACAGGGGGAUGAAUGUGGACAAUCAACACUGAACACUGGCCACGUCAAAAGGGAAGAAGUGUUGAGGCGAUUGGAGAGAAUAUUUGUGGACAUAGUGACAAGUUUAUCCAGCCAUCGAGCACCAGUACUAUCAUACAACAGCAGGACUAGAUGGGAUAACAUUCAGUUUAAUGAUGAUGUUGGACUGGAGAUGAGAGACAAUCCUGUUCUCACCGAGGUCCGAUUUGAUUCGGCGAAUUCCAUCAAUAAGUUCGGUGUUACUAUGAAGGUGAUGGCAAUGUGUUACAAACUGGUACAGAGUAAUACCUACUCAACAAAGAGGGAUCUGUACUACAACGAACCCAAGCUGUUUGGGAGACAGUCGAUGCUUGAUGGUGUGUUGGAGAAUAUUUGCUGUAUGCUGAUUGUACCCAGGAGGUGCCUCCAUGUGCUGGCUACAUCCAAGGGUUUUAUUGCAGGUGGUCUGAAGUUCACGGAGGUUGAUGGGAAUCACAUUGAUUGUAGCUCAUCAAGAACAGGUAUUCUUGUUCCAGCUCAUGUUGAAGGAAUUAACAACAUUCAAUCUAGAGCCCGCUUUAUCCUGGUGGUUGAGAAAGAUGCAACCUUCCAAAAGUUACUUGAUGAUGGGUUUCUUCAAGAUUUAGCGCCUUCAAUCAUGAUCACUGGGAAAGGAUUUCCUGAUGUAAACACUCGCCUGAUGGUUAGAAAGCUCUGGGAUGUGCUACAAAUACCUGUACUUUGUCUGGUUGAUGCAGACCCUCACGGUUUAGAGAUACUCUGUGUUUACAAGUUCGGAUCAAGGUCUAUGGCGUACGAGUCUCGCAGUCUAACCGUUCCCUGCAUCCGAUGGCUCGGUGUUCUACCCUCAGAUAUCCAGAGGUUACAGGUCUCAAGAGAUGUCUUGAUUCCACUGAAUAAGUCUGAUCUUCGGAAGGCCAAGGAGCUUAUAAGAAGACCCUACUAUCAACAUCUCCCUGACUGGAUGAAAGAGAUGCAAAUAUUGUUGGAUAUGGGUAAGAAGGCUGAGAUCCAGUGCCUGACUGCCAUCUCGAUGGACUACCUGACCAAGGUGUAUCUCCCAAACAAGAUCAGGUAUGGAGGAUGGAUUUAAAGGCACUGGACACCUUUCUUACUAUCAAAGAC